CCGGCGUCCCCCGGGAGCGUGCAGCUGGCCUUGGCAGUGCCCGAACACCUGGGGCCCAGCUCCCCCUCAACACCCCGCGGUGUCGCCUUCCUGGGAGGCUCGUGUUCCCGGAUCCCCUUACACGGGCGGGCUCGGCUGUCGCCCCUGGGCGGGGGAGGGGAGGCUGCAGGAAGCAGUGGAUCCGGCGGCGGCAGAGGCGGUGGCCCUGGUGGCCGAGCUCCUCCGGCCAUGGAGAGUGCAGCGGCCCGCGAGGCCCGGGGGGCCGAGGCCCCGCGCCCGCCUGCGCCCCCACCCUCGCCCUCCGAACCCCCGCCCACGCCCCGCGCCCGCCCGCGCCUCGUCUUCCGCACGCAGCUAGCGCAUGGCAGCCCCACUGGCAAGAUCGAGGGCUUCACCAACGUCCGCGAGCUCUACGCCAAGAUCGCCGAAGCCUUUGGGAUUGCUCCCACCGAGAUCUUAUUCUGCACCCUAAAUAGUCACAAAGUGGACAUGCAGAAACUCCUGGGAGGCCAGAUAGGGCUGGAGGACUUUAUCUUUGCGCAUGUGCGCGGUGAGACCAAGGAGGUGGAGGUAACGAAGACGGAGGACGCCCUGGGACUGACAAUCACGGACAACGGUGCCGGCUACGCCUUCAUCAAGAGGAUCAAGGAGGGCAGCAUCAUCAACAGGAUUGAGGCUGUGUGCGUGGGCGAUAGCAUCGAAGCCAUCAACGACCAUUCCAUUGUUGGCUGUCGCCACUACGAAGUCGCCAAGAUGCUCCGUGAGCUGCCCAAAUCCCAGCCCUUCACCCUGCGCCUGGUGCAGCCCAAGAGAGCCUUUGAUAUGAUCGGCCAGAGGAGCCGGAGCAGCAAAUGUCCCAUGGAAGCAAAAGUGACCAGCGGGCGGGAGACCCUGCGGCUUCGUUCUGGAGGGGCCGCCACAGUAGAGGAAGUGCCCAGUGAAUUUGAGGAGGAGGCAUCUCGGAGGGUGGAUGAUCUGCUGGAGAGUUACAUGGGCAUUCGGGACCCAGAGCUGGCAUCCACCAUGGUGGAGACAUCCAAGAAGACGACGAGCGUUCAGGAGUUUGCGCGCCAUUUAGACUCCGUCUUGGGCGAGUUCGCCUUCCCGGACGAGUUUGUGGUGGAGGUGUGGGCCGCCAUCGGAGAGGCCAGGGAGGCCUGUGGCUAGUCUGCCCUGGGGCCGAGCGCAGC